UCGAUGGCGUACAGCUGAAGUAUCACCAUGUAUAAUCGAUCGUACAACCGAGUCGGUGGUCUUCCGAAGAACUCCAAUUACGAAAGCGACAUAAACUACACUUUAGAAAUGUGCCGAUGGGUUUUGAAACCGAUCGGCGUCUGGCCGCUCAUUUACACCCGUACCAGCAGACUGGAGAAACUUGUUUCGAUCGCAUUGUUGACAGUAUGUUUCGUCUGUUUGUUGUUCAUCAUCGUGCCUUCCGGCCACUACAUCUUCUUCGUGGAGAAAAACAUACAGAUAAAAGUGAAGUUGCUCGGUCCUGUCGGCUUCUGUCUGUCGUCCGCGAUUAAAUACUGCUAUCUUAGCCUGAAGGGCACAGUCUUCGGGCAUUGCAUCGCUCACGUGGAGAAGGACUGGAAGAUGGUGAACGACCCCAGUGAUCGUACCAUUAUGUUAAAGCACGCGUCUAUCAGCCGAAAUCUCAUCGCCUUGUGCGCCAUUUUUCUUUACAGCGGUGGUAUGUCGUAUCACACCGUGAUGCAGUUCCUGUCCAAGGACAAUGCCAAGGGAAAUUCAACCGUGAUAAAACCAUUGGCUUACCCUGGCUACGAUCCGUUCAUCGAUACUCAGUCUAGCCCAUCUUACGAGAUCGUAUUUUGCGUUCAUUGUUUAUCCGCCAUGAUUAUGUACAGUGUUACAACGGCCGCUUACAGCUUAGCCGCAAUUUGUGUCACGCAUAUCUGCGGUCAGAUCCAGAUCCAGAUAUCACGAUUGGAGAGCUUGAUCGAAGGAAGGCAGGGGAAAACCACCUACGACGACCAUUUGGCCAACAUUGUUCGAGAUCAUGUCGAGAUCUUGAGAUUCUCGAAAAACAUCGAAGAAGCUCUUCGCGAGAUAUGUUUGAUGGAGAUCGUGGAGUCUACAAUGAUCAUAUGUUUGCUCGAAUACUAUUGCCUAGUGGAAUGGCAAAAUAGCGACGUGGUUGCAAUAUUUACGUACUUUAUUUUGCUGAUCUCCUUCACUUUCAAUAUACUCAUAUUCUGUUACAUAGGAGAAGUUCUAUCCGAACAGUGUAGCCAAAUUGGUCCAGCCGCGUAUGAUAUCGAAUGGUACAAUUUACCAGCGAAGAAAGCUUGCGGUCUUGCUCUGUUGAGCGCUAUAGCGCUUUAUCCGCCUAAACUUACAGCCGGGAAAAUAUUUCAACUCUCACUGAAUACGUUCAGCUCUGUGUUAAAGACAUCGGCAAUUUAUUUGAAUCUGCUUCGAACAUUAACUAAUUGGUAA